ACAAAACAAGCGCUAGCAGCGUUAGCUCAAUAGAUGUAUGGAUGUAGCUGGGGGGUGAUGGUGUAGUUUUCGAUAAGAAAUAUUUCAAUUAUAAUUAGACAACAAUGUGUUCAGUCGAGUCUUUGAGAGAGUUUGUCAACGAGCGACUAACUGCUGCUGCUGAAGAAAUAUUGGGAGCUUUUCAAAGAAGCAUCGUCGAGUACGAGGAAGAGAUCGAUCGUCAGCGCAGACUGUUGGAUAUGGUUUUGAAGCCUGAAAUCAAGUUACACAGGACAGAGCUCCCACAGCAACAUGUGUGUAAGGAGGAGGAGGUUGUCCCUGAGCAGCAGCUGUGUAUUGAGGAGAGGAAGUCCAGUGUGGAGCAAGAGGAGCCAGAGGCUCCAGAGAUUAAAGAGGAAGAGGAGGAAGUGUGCAGCAGUCAGGAGGGAGAGCAGCUUGUAGUGAAGCAGGAGACUGAUGGCUUUAUGUUGACUCCUGCUGAUGAGGAAAGUGAACAGAGUGAAGACCAGAAAAGACAGAAACCAAAAAACAGAUAUCAUGAAAGCUGUAGUUACAGUAACAAUGUAUAUAACUCCACCAUGUCAAAUACUCACUGUGAUACUCACUCAAGUAAAAAGUAUUUAGAAGGUGGGGGAGCUUAUAAGCAUACGUCAAAAUUGAACCCACACUUAAGAGUCCACAGAGGCGAGAAGUCAUUUACAUGUAGAACAUGUGGAACAGCUUUCAGACGUUACAGUGACUUGAAAGUCCACAUGAGAAUCCACACAGGAGAGAGGCCGUAUACUUGUAAAACAUGUGGGAAGGCUUUCAAACAUAGCAGCGUCUUGAACGUCCACAUGAGAACCCACACAGGUGAGAAACCGUAUCUUUGCAAGACCUGCGGCAAAAGAUAUUGUGCGUUGUCCUCGUUGACAAGACAUGUGAGAAUCCACACGGGGGAGAAACCGUACCUUUGCAAGACCUGUGGGAAAAGAUUCAGCGACACAUCAGUAUUGAAAAGGCAUUGUAGAAUCCACACAGGUGAGAAGCCGUAUACUUGCACAACAUGUGGAAAAGCUUUCGGACUUAAAGGUAACCUGAAAGCCCACAUGAGAAUCCACACAGGUGAGAAGCUGUACGUUUUCAAGACCUGUGGGAAAGACUCUAUAACAUCUCCUCACUGACAAGGCAUUUAAGAAUCCAAACAGAUGAGAAGCCAUGAAACUUUAAAACAUGGGAAAGCUUUCUACCAGAACAGUGUCUUGAAAGCCCACAUCAUAACUCACAGCGGUGAGAAGCUGUGACUUUCAGGAAAUAGUGUUGUCAGUGAAUCAAUGAUUAAUACAGUGACCAGUGUCCUGGGAAAGUGAGCAACGAACUGUUUUUGUUUUUUAUCUUGUGUGUUUUAAAAAUAAAGGUUUGCAUGUUGAUGAUUAAAGAAGAGGCUGAGGCUGAGAUGCAGCUGCUGGACAGAGCCACGAUCUGUUUGGAGACCAAAAACCAAGGCGCAUAUUUAGAUAAAAAAAAAAUGUCAGUAAGCAUCACAUAAUGUGUGUGUUUUAAUCUGGUGUUUUGUUUUUGGUUAAUUUACAGCAUAAAAACAAUAUCCAAAUAAAGUAAAAAUGAAUUAAUACAGGUGUUCACAGAUUAGCC